AUGUCUGACGACGGCUGGGAUGAUGACUAUGUCGACGACGGAAGUUACGAUGAUGGCCCGUAUGAUGACUAUGCCGGCGACGGAGGUUACGAUGACGGCCCGUGUGAAGACUACACCGGCGACCGAGGCGACUGCGACGAACAAGACGUAGGAACAACGGGGUAUGCGGAGGUUGAGGAGGUCAAUGAUGACAACUACAGAAAUGCUGAAGGUGACAAUGGCGGCGGCGACGAUGAAGACGUAGGGACAGCUGGGUAUGCCGAGGAGGUCGAUGCAGAAACCACGGGAUAUGCGGAGGUCGAGGAGGUCGGCAAUGACAACUGCAGCAAUGCUGAAGGGCGAGUACAAGUCCUACCGCAUCAUCAUCAUCGUCAUCACCCCUAUCCCCAUAACAUUCUCAACAACGACAAUGACCACGACGACCGCACAAGCUCCGAUCUUGUUCAAAAUGCGGACCGUGACCAGGACCAGGCCGAGGGCAAUGACGAGGACGGUCCUUCAAUGUCCAACUAUGAAUAUGUGAAGCCUUGGGGAGGAAUGCAUGGGUUCAUGCGUUCUUACGGAAUCGCUCGCGAGCCGGGGGGAUAUGAGGAGGCAGGGGAGUUGCGCGAUGCGAUGAUGGAGGCGGCGCACAAGAACAGGAACCUCAAGGGAUAG